CACGCAGGUACAGAUGACAACCUUGAUUGACGACCGAAGAAGAAGCGAAUAGUCUCUCCCUGCUCCAAACUCUCUCGAUCUCCGUCUGAUUCGAUAGCCAAGAUGAAUGACGCAGAUGUCUCCAAGCAGAUCCAGCAGAUGGUGAGAUUUAUCCGCCAAGAAGCCGAAGAGAAGGCCAACGAGAUCGCUGUAUCCGCCGAAGAGGAAUUCAAUAUCGAAAAGUUACAGCUGGUUGAGGCAGAGAAGAAAAAGAUCAGGCAAGAGUAUGAGAAGAAGGAGAAGCAAGUUGAAGUUCGAAAGAAGAUCGAGUAUUCCAUGCAGCUGAAUGCCUCUAGGAUCAAGGUUCUUCAAGCUCAAGAUGAUAUAGUUGGUAACAUGAAAGAAGAGGCAUCGAAGGAGCUUCUGCAUGUGAGCCAUGAUCACCAUGUGUAUUCAAAGCUUCUGAAAGAUCUUAUUGUCCAGUGCUUGCUUAGACUGAAAGAACCUUCUGUCUUGUUGCGUUGCCGUAAAGAAGACGUGCACUUGGUAGAAUCUGUCUUGGAUGAAGCUAAGGAUGAAUAUGCUGAGAAAGUAAAUGUUCAUCAACCAGAGAUAAUAGUUGACCACCAUGUUCAUCUUCCCCCUGGUCGUCAUCACCACAUCUUCCACCAUAAUUCUCAUGGACCUUUCUGUGCUGGAGGCGUUGUUUUGGCUUCCCGUGAUGGAAAGAUUGUAUGUGAGAACACACUUGAUGCUCGGUUGGAUGUUGUCUUUCGUAAAAAACUUCCAGAGAUCCGGAAGUGGCUCUUCAGCCAGGUUGCUGCAUGAAGUGUUGUACUGGAUUGAAUUUGUUUUGUUGGCCCAGGAUUAUUCUAAUCCAAAGCUUAAGACUUUGGUUGUUGAGCAUGUAGUAGUAUUAUAUUGGGCAGUUAAGCUGUUCGUCUGUGUAUUUAUGAUUUCGUUGUUUGCAAUACCUUUAUUUCAUUUCUGACUCUAGAGCUUGGCGGAGUACUCUUUUCAACAAUAAAUAAAAUCUGUGUUUGUUGCACGGGUGAA